UAAUCUACUAGUGGGAGAGUAGCGGUAGUAGUCAACUGGCUCACUCAACAAAACUUAAAAGCAGAAAACAGCAAGGAGCAUUUAACGCAGUCCCGCAGUUCCGUGCUCCUCUAUUAAACCCAACGGCUGCGUUUUCUCUCGGAUCUUUUUACCUAUUUAUUUGUUUCUAGUACUUUAUUUCUCAUUCUCUCUCAUUCUAUCUCUCAUUUCAUUUAUCGAACUCUUUAUUCAUACUUUCUUUUUCCAUCCGUCCUUUCUAGUCAGUCAGUUCAUCCGUCUGUAAGUCUAUCUAUCUAUCUAUCUAUCUAUCUAUCUAUCUAUCUAUCUAUCUAUCUAUCUAUCUAUCUAUCUAUCUAUCUACCUCCGCAUUAUCUGUUGUGCCUGGCAUGUCCGAAGAAGUACGUGUAAGAUGAUAGAGUUAAGAAGUCGGACUAUACCUCUGCUGCCGUCGCCGAGAUGGAUUUUAAUUUGCCUUUUUUACCUGUCACAAGGCUUGUUGCCGUUGAAUUCAGAACAUGUCGACAUGUUGGGAGUGAUUGGAAUCCCUUCAGAUCCCGUGAGAUUCUCAACGGGGAUGGACUAUUUUCCAGCCUUCAGACUUCUCGGCAAAAAGGAGUUUAAAGACAAUGCAAAUCAACUGUUUGGUAGCAAAGCUAUAAACGACUUUGCUUUAACGAUGGUCGUUCAUUUUGAAAAAAAAGAUACUAGCUUUAUCUUCGCAGUUCUAGACCCUACCGCUACGAUUGUACAACUUGGUGUGAGUGUUUCAUCAAAUAGUCAAGGCAACGAACAAAACAUAUCGUUAUAUUACACACCAAUAACUGCUGAUGUAAAUACAUCCACUUCUUCCAAAAUAUUAGCUAGUUUCAAACUCGAAAACCUGCUCAACAACUGGGCGCGGAUUAGCUUCAUGGUAAAAGACGAUAUUGUGGAAGUAUAUUUAAAUGGAACGAAGAAAGGAAGACAUCAAGUGAACAGAGAUCCAUUAGUUCUUGAAGAUGCCUCUUCUAUCUACAUCGGAGGAGGUGGUCCAGCCGAAAAAAACAUGUUCGUUGGAUCUUUACAAGAACUGAAACUUUAUUCGAACCCCGACGUCGCCACCUACUACGAAGAGGCUAUUACCCCUUUUCGACUUUCUCCACGUCAAAGAUCUUCAACACUACAAGCAGGGCAUUCUGAAUCUCAGUCUUCAAAAAUUAUUCAUCUUCGGACAUCAGAGCUAUGGUCCGAUUAUGGUAGUGGCUCAGGAAGUGGACGUGAUGAAAUAAUAGUGCCAACUCAUAAAACUCAUAUAAGUCACACAAUUAAAGGUGAGAAGGGCUCACGAGGUGAUAAAGGUAUAAAAGGUGAACCAGGAAUAAGUCAACCAAUGAUUUCACCUCCUCCACCACUGCCACCACGAUCAGGCUUGAAAGGGGAUCAAGGACUUCCUGGUCCAAAGGGACCAAUUGGAGUUUCCGGUCAGAAGGGUCAGAAGGGAGAAAAAGGAGAAAUAGUAAAACUUGAUUUGAGUGGUCAAGGAGGAGUAAGUGUUAAAGGAGAAAAGGGAGAGAGAGGAAUGAUUGGCCUCACAGGAGUAAAGGGUGCACCUGGCAAAUCUAUUGUUGGUCCUGCAGGUAAGCCUGGUUUACCUGGUUCUACUGGUUUACCAGGUCCACCAGGUCCUCCAGGUCUACCAGCACAGCCAAUUAGAGAACCUUCAUCUGGAUACUCAGGCACAUACAUUGACCUUGAGGCUUCUGGAAAUGAUGAAAUGGCAAAGGAAAAAGGAAUCGUUGGACCACGUGGACCUCCAGGUCACACUGGGCCCCCUGGUCUUCCAGGUUUAAAAGGAUUGCCGGGAGUAAAAGGAGAACAAGGAGAGAAUGGCUUAAAUGGCAUUGAUGGAGAAAUAGGAAGAGAUGGUGCCAAAGGAGAACCUGGUAUACGAGGACAUUCAGGAGAACCUGGCCCUGCGGGUCAGAAAGGAGAAGCAGGUAAAAAUGGAUAUGAUGGUCGUGAUGGUUUACCUGGCCCACCAGGACCACCAGGACCACCAAGUUCAACUAUUCGCAGUGAAUCAUCUGGCACAAUUGAUGAUGAAACAAAUAUUGAUGGUAGUUCAGAAGGGGUAGUAACUGUGAGAGGAGAAAAAGGAGAUCCUGGUCACCCUGGACGAACUGGACAUCCAGGUGCUGAUGGUCUUGUAGGACAGAAAGGAGAACGCGGAUAUAAGGGAGAACAUGGACUAAAGGGAGAAUCAGGACUGCCUGGAGAGCCUGGACUUCGGGGUCGUCCUGGAUUAGUUGGCAGACCAGGUGAAAAGGGGGAAAGAGGAAGACCUGGAAUGAAAGGACAAAGGGGAAUAGGUCGAGUUGGCCCUGCAGGUCCACCUGGCCCCCCUGGUCCCUCUGGAAUUCCUCCUGAGAUUAAAACUUCCGAUGGUAGUGUAAUAAUAAAUGGACAAAAGGGAGAACCUGGAAGACCUGGCAGUACUGGUCCAGUUGGACCCGAGGGAAUCACUGGUCCAGUUGGACCCCAGGGAAUCGCUGGUCCACCUGGGCCUCCUGGACCCCCCGGUGUUCCUGGAUUAUCCGAAGGCUACUCCAAUGGAAAGGGUAUCAAAGGAGAACCAGGUGGUUGUCGUAGCUGUGUUGGCCUGAAAGGAGAGCGUGGCCCUGUUGGACCAAAAGGCAGUAUGGGAUAUACAGGUAAAAAAGGCGUCAAAGGAAACAUGGGUAUGCCUGGAUUUACAGGUCGGCAAGGACUUCGUGGACGAAAAGGAGAGCCUGGAUAUGGCCUUAAAGGCAGAACAGGAGAAAGAGGGCUACCAGGUCCUCCUGGAAUACCAGGUGUAUCAGGAUCUUGGAAACCUGAUGGUUCUAAUGGAUUGCAUCAUAAAGGAGACAAAGGUGAACGUGGUUAUACAGGCCGUUCAGGACCUCCUGGCCCACCUGGCCCACCUGGACCACAUACUUCUCCAUCAUCAGGAGUGAUAAUACCUACAGGUUCUGGAGAUACAGAAAGAAUUUACAGAGGAGAAAAAGGAGAAAAAGGAGAGAAAGGUGGCAAGUCUGAGACUAGUGUAUUUGAUAAAAUAUAUUAUAAAGGUAAUGCUGGAGCACCAGGACCACCAGGGCCCCCAGGACCACCAGGACCACCAAAUAGCGGUGGCUAUGCUGGUUCAAAUGGACAUAGUGAUGCAUAUAGACUUUAUGGACAAAAAGGACAAAAAGGAGAAAUGGGAGUAAAAGGAAAUACAGGCCAGGGUAUUCCUGGAAUUCCAGGAGUAUCAAUUCCAGGAAGACCAGGUCUCCGUGGGCCUCCAGGACCUCCAGGACCUCGACAACAUUCAUAUGGUGGUUCCAGCACAAUUAAUGAUCAGACUUAUUCUGCUUCACAUGCGAUUGCAACUUAUCGCAGUAUGAGAGAACUUCAAGACGUUGCUCUAACUAUCCCUGUUGGAAGUAUAGCUUUUGUUCAUGAUAAGGAACUAUUAUUAAUUCGACUGAAAGAUGCAUGGGCAGAAAUCCAAAGCAGACGCAUUGCACUUCCCCAGUAUCUGAAUCGCAUCCCACUACCAGUUCCAAAACCAUCUGAGAUUAAAUCUGGCAGAAAAACAAGAAUGGAAACAACAACUGUCCUGACUAGUACACCUAAACCACCUGAAAUACAUGUGCUUCCCCCAAAUCUUGAUAAGGAAAGAUAUCGACAAAACCAAAAAGUACUCAGGUUGAUAGCAUUGAACAGACCGCUCACAGGAAAAAUGGGUGGAGUUAAUACAAUUGAUUUAUUUUGUCAUCAACAAGCACGGAGAGCAUCUUUUAAAGCAACAUUCCGCGGUUUCUUAUCAAAUCAAAUUCAAGAUUUGAAAACAUUAAUCUAUGAUAAGAAAGAGCGUAAUUAUCCAAUUGUGAAUUCAAAGGGUGAAGUUCUUGUGGAUUCAUGGGAGCACUUAAUCAGUGGAGAUGGAGGUUAUUUCAACAGCUCCGUUCCACUCUAUUCAUUUGAUGGUACCAACGUAAUGACUAGCUCAAGAUGGCCACAGAAAUUUGUAUGGCAUGGUUCUUCAACAAAAGGCGAGCGAAAGAGAGACAGAUUCUGUUCCAACUGGCGUUCAUCAGGAAGAAAUAAUGUUGGUGUUGCAUCGUCCCUAUUGGCUCAUCAGUUUCUGGGAUAUGAAGAGUUCCAUUGCAACAACAAUUUCAUUGUCCUAUGCAUACAAAUUGCCACUAUGGAACAACAUUGAGCUGGCAAAACAAGCUACACACAACAACACAAGACAAAUCUCUUCUUCAAUUCACUCAUCCUAUUUGAAAUAUGGACAAAUGAGUGAAUUGCUCUCAAUAUCUUAUACCUAAAAAAAAAGAAAAACACAGUAAAAAAUACAAUAUUAAUAAAAUAAUAGGACUCACCUAAUGAACAGACGUGUUGAUCAUUUCAGAUGAUAGCAGACAGAUCUUCCAUAGCAUGAACACACACUAAACAUUUAGAGAUUUUUACUCUAAAACAAAAACAAAAAAAACAUUUUUUUUCAAAAUAACUUUUAAAGGAAAGAAAAAUUCCUAAAAAUCUUAAAUCUUGUUAUAUAUAUAUAGCAAAUAUUGCCAUCAUCAUUAAUAACACUUUUACUUAGAAUGUCUCAAUUUGAAAAUGAAAGAUAAUAAUAACAACAACAACAAUAAUGAUAAUAAUAAUAAUAAUAAUAAUAAUAAUAAUAUAAUAAUAAUAAUAAUAAUAAUAAUAAUAAUAUUAACAUGAAACAUCUACAAACUAUAGUUAUUUUAUUAUCGACAUUGGUAUCAUCAUUCAAGGCCAUCAUUAUAAUCAUUACCAUAUAAUACAUAGCUUAGCUUGUUUUUUUCUUAUAAAUCCUGAUAAUUCUGUAAUCCUCCAAGGAACAAGAAAAUUGGUGCCAAAAAGAUUUUUGAGAAAUAGUUUAAAUAUUCUUCAUUGAAAUGGUGUUCCUAGCAACAGUAAAAUUAUGCUUGUGAUGGCAUUCAUUGUGAUGAUUUUGAUGAUGGUGAUGAAUAUGGUUAUGAUGAUAUUGGUGAUGGUGAUCGUAAUGGUACUGAUGGUGAGCAUCACAAGAGAAUGGAUGCAAAUGAUUGUAAUGAUUAUAAAGACAAUGAUGAUGGUGAUGAUAGAAAUAAUGAGAAUGAUAGGACAUAGUACCAGAGCCAGAAAGACAACAGCAAAAAUUGCAUCUAUAUGUGUGGGUAUAUAUAUUUAUACAUGCAUAUAUAUAUAUAUUAUAUGUUGGGAAGCAACAACAAGAAAAUGUAUCUUUCAAUAACCACACCAACAAGAAAAGUAACAUGAAAUAUGAGUUGAGAUUAAAUAAGGCAACACUUUUAAAAAUGCCUAUAAGAAUCAUUUGAUUAUUUUUUUAAUUUAUAUGUGUGUGUGUAUGUAUGUGUGUGUGUUAAACACAACUUUACAUGAUAACAUAUAUCUAUUCAUACAUAUACACGCAUGUGCGCGCACACACACACACACACAAACACACACGCAUAUAUAUAUAUAUGGAUAUUUGUAGAUUUGCUUUUUCUUUUUUGCUUUACUGUUUCAAAAGAAGGUCUUCAAAGAUUGAAGUUGCCACACUCUUUCAAGAUGUUUCAGUCAGUGAUGUUCAUGAAAUGUGCUGGUUAAAUAUAUUGUAUUAUUGGAGAAACACUGAAGCUACUCUCAUCAGCUGCUAUCACCAAUACAGAGAAACCUAAGUGGCUGAUAUAUUACCACAACUGUGAUAAAUUUAGAGAUACUUAGAAAAACACCAUCUAAAUCAACACUGUUUACAGAUUGUCUCAUCAAUAAAACACAAAAUGGAGAUGUUGAAGAUGUAUCGUAUUAUGUUUUAAUUAAACAAUUCCACCCCCUGACCUUACUUA